AUGAAAUCCAAGCAUAAACGCAACUCCUUAUCUCAGAAACUGCUUCGUAAACCUCAACUUUCUCAUCAAGGAGUAUUGUUUCGUGAGGUUCCUGUUCCUAUUUCUCCCGCAUCCAAGAAACGAGCAACUAAAGACAUGGAAAAAAAUUUAUCCCAACCGAAGAAGAAGAAGACCAAGAAGCCUCGGAAGAUAGUUUCAUCAAGUGAGUCUACAGAAGAGGAUGAACGCGUACCAGAAACUCCUGAAGUCACCUCUAUUCUUACAAGUUCAAUUCCAGAGACCACUAUCAUAAUCACCCCUGAAGUUUCGAUUGCCAAGUCAAUUUUUGAGGAGGUGCGAAUUUCAGGCUUGGGUAAAAAUGUUUCGAAGGAUGCAGAUCAAGGUCCAUUCAUCUUUACUCCUUUUGAAUCAUUUGUUUCUGUUACACCUACAUCAACCAUUCCUCUUACUUCAACUACUAUCUCUCCAACCUUCGAACACAUCCUCAAUCAACCAAUCACUUCUAUGUUCUCCUCUCAAUCAACUGAUACCCCAAACUAA